AUGGAGAUGAAGAGAUUUGAAGAUGUAGAAGUUAAGGGAGGGACAAGACUCAGUUUCUUAGAUCACAAUCUGCUAAUUGUUAAGCUUGUUGAAACAAAAAGAGAUAUUCCAAGUAGCAUUGAAGACUUAACCAUGUUGAAAGUGUUGCAUCUUUCUCAAAAUAAUUUGGAAGGUAACCUUCCAUCAGAUUUUGGAUGUGGCCUUCCUAAUCUAGAAGAGCUAUAUGUAUGGAGCAACAAACUUUUUGGGAUAAUGCCAGAUACUAUUUCCAAUGCCUCUAAGCUGAUCAUUCUAGCAUUGACAGAAAACAAUUUCAAAGGGGUUUUACCAAGCACACUUGGGGAUUUAAGAUACUUGAAAAAACUUGGAAUAGAGGGUAAUAGUUUCACCACAUCAGAUGCUUCCAAUUCUAAAACCAACUUGAUUACCUCAUUGACUAAUUGUAGACAUUUGGAAUUUUUGUUCCUCUCAGCAAAUCCAUUUUUUAUAAAACUUCCCAAGUCCAUUGGAAACUUUUCUGAUUCUCUACAGGAGUUGGACAUUGUUUCUUGUGGUAUCAAUGGUAACAUACCAUCAGAAAUAGGGAAUCUUACUAAUUUGAUUAAACUAUCUUUGGAUGAAAAUGUUUUGAAUGGGCCAAUCCCAAUAACAAUUAGCAACUUACAAGCUCUGCAGUAUUUGAGUCUCGAAGGCAAUGACUUGCAUGGCUUAAUUGUUCAUGACCUUUGUGAAAUCAAACCACUUGGUUAUUUACAUCUAAGCCAAAACAAGUUUUCUGGAGCAAUGACACCUUGUUUAGGAAAUCUUUCUUCUUUAAGAGAACUUCACUUGGGCUCAAAUAAGCUGGCUUUAGAGAUACCAUCUUCCUUUUGGAAUUUGAAAGACAUACUGGAAGUAAACUUGUCUUCCAACCAUUUUGUUGGGAAUCUUUCAUCAAGGGUUGAGAACUUAAAAGCUCUUUCUUUAUUAGAUUUAUCUCAAAAUCAUAUUUCAAGCAACAUUCCAACAACUAUGGGUAGUUUGCAAAAUCUACAAAUUCUCUCUCUUGCACAUAACAAAUUGGAAGGAUCUAUUCCUAGAUCACUUGGGAAUUUGCUAAAUUUACAAAAUUUAGACCUUUCCCAAAAUAAUUUGUCUGGGAAGAUUCCUAAAUCUUUGGAGUUACUUAUUGAUCUUAAGUAUGUCAAUCUCUCUUUUAACAAACUCCAAGGAGAGAUUCCAGAUGGAGGUGUUUUUAAAAAUUUGACUCCUGAAUCUUUUAUGAUGAAUCUAGCUCUCUGUGGCAUUAUCCUUUUAAGGCUUAAACGACAAAAUUCAAGGUGUCUAGCUGAAAGGGAUUUAUCAACUUUAGGAAUGCCAAGAAGGAUUUCUUAUUUUGAAAUCCUAGAAGCAACCAAUGGAUUUGAUGAGAGCAACAUACUUGGAAGAGGUAGUUAUGGUAUUGUUUUCAAAGGAAAGCUUUCUAGUGGAAUGGUUGUUGCAGUUAAGAUAUUCAAUUUUGAUUCGCAAGUAAUGGUAGCAAGCUUUGAAAAAGAAUGUGACAUACUGCGUAAUGUGCGCCAUCGCAAUCUAGUGAAGCAUUUGCUUUGGAGUAUCUCCAUUCUUGAAUUGGAUGAUGAAAUGAUUGCUCAUGUGAGCGACUUUGGAAUUUCCAAACUUUUAAAUGAAGGGGAAUCUAAAACAUACACAGAGACUAUACCUACAAUUGGCUAUAUGGCACCUGAGUAUGGAUCUUCUGGAGUUGUUUCAACAAAAAUAGAUGUGUAUAGCUAUGGAAUUAUGCUAUUGGAGGUGUUUACAAGAAAAAGGCCCACAGAAGAUAUAUUUGUCUCUGCAUUGAGCUUGAAGAGCUGGGUAAGUGAGUCAAUGCCACAUGCAAUAAUUCAAGUCAUGGAUUCCAAUUUAUUGCAAGGAGUUCAUGAACAUCAUAAAAACAAUAUAUUGACAUCUACAUUCUCCAUUCUUGAAUUGGCCUUAAAUUGUUGCACCGAUCUUCCAGAAGCACGUGGCAAUAUGAUUGAUGUUGCAGCAUCAUUGAACAAGAUCAAGGCCAUGUUUUUGCAUAAGCGCCAUGUUUAA